AUGUCUGAGUCCGCACUCGUAUCUGAUUUCGAUAGAAGCGACGCGGGUUCGACAUUACUAGGCAGCGGCACGAGUUUAAUAUCACUAGGCGGCACGAGCGCUACAACUCUGGCCGAAACUGAGGCGCCAGGAGCUAGUCAGGUCUGGUCGGCAACAGACGCGGACGAUGAUCCUGGAAAUUCUGAUGCCGACUCAGGAAUUGGCGGCGACGACGAUGAUCUUGGACCUCACGAUGGUGACUCAGGAGUUGGCGACGCCAACUCUAGCACUAUACCCUGGGACCCAGAAGAGGCAGAGACGCUCAUUACUCUGGAUCAGGAAGAUAUGAAUUUCGCCAACAUUGGCUGUAGGAUGUUGAACAUAGAUCAGCAUCCACAUGUGCCACCGAGCGGCAAGUUUCUGGAUCUUGGUUCGGGGAAUGGGGAAUGGGCAAUGAGGAUGGGUGAUCAAUACCCUGCUGCAACUAUUGAAGGCAUGGAUACAAAUGAGUGCUAUAUCCCCGAAUGGGUGACUCCAAAUGUCGAGUUCUUCGUUGGCGACUUUUAUGAUCGUUGGGAAGAGGAAGUUGACGACUACGACUUUGUCCAUGUUCGAGAUAUGACAACAGAUGCCCAAGACUGGCCAAAACUCGUGAAACGUUGUCACGAGCUCCUUAGACCUGGGGGAUCUGUUGAAAUUAUCACAUUUGGGCCAACUCUCUAUUAUCAUGGACUGAGGCUCACGUUCGCAGAAGGUCUCGUACCAGAGAUUCCAGAAAAUAUCAGGGCCAAACAUGAUAUUACAAAAGAAGAAGUCAUGAUCGUCCUCUCUGCAGCCAGUAUCAUAGAUACUUUCGUACAGGAGUACAGUAAGAACAAGUGGCUCCUAGAUCCCGACGAUGAGAUUCUACGCAAAGCUGGAUUUAUCGGUGUCACAACAACCCGUCACCGUGUACCUCUAAACACAAAUUCCUGCGCCUCUGAGGAAGAGCAGAAGUUCAGCAAGGAAUACUACAGGAGACUCAAAGCCAUGCAGACUCGUCUGGGGUUAAAACUUGAACUUGAGAUAACGGUACCGAUUGCGAAGCUAAGCAGAAUAAAGGGCGUUGCGUUAGAAGUAACCGUUAUUUAUGGCAUAAGCAGCGAGAGUUCCUCAAGUUCCUAG